AAUUGCAUUAUAUAUACACACACCCAAGGUAUUAAACACUAUCUCUUUCAAGUCCCCAUCGUCCAUCUGUCUUGUAAAUAAUUGCAGAAGAUCAGAGCUUGGUAGCUUAGAGACGUUAAUGGCGGGCAAGGAGCGUACCAUGGAGGCGACGCCGACGUGGGCUAUCGCCGUCGUCUGCUUCAUACUCGUCGCCAUUUCUAUUGCCAUUGAACAACUCUUUCAUCACCUUGGAAUGUGGCUAUUGAGGAAGCACAAGAAAGCUCUACAUGAAGCACUAGACAAGAUUAAAGCAGAGCUGAUGCUUAUGGGGUUCAUAUCACUGUUGCUGACAAUAUUUCAAGACCCAGUGUCUAACAUAUGUAUCCCCGAAAGUGUUGGAAACUCUUGGCAUCCUUGUGACAAAAUCAAAGACCCAUCUAAAAUAGAUGACCCUUGCAUAAAAAAGGGAAAAGUCCAAUUUGCAUCCUCAUAUGCAAUACACCAGCUGCACAUCUUUAUUUUUGCAUUGGCAGUAACUCAUGUGCUGUAUAGCAUUACAACUUGGGGGCUGGGCAGACUAAAGAUGAGGACUUGGAAAGCUUGGGAGGAUGGGACAAGAACACUUGACUACCAAUUCUACAAUGAUCCUGAGAGGUUCCGAUAUGCAAGAGACACAUCAUUUGUACAACGACAUUCGAACUUUUGGAGCAAGUCGCCAAUACUUCUAUGGAUUGCUUGUUUUUUCCGACAAUUUUUUAGUUCAGUUGCAGAAGUUGAUUAUACCACCCUCAGGCACGGCUUUGUAAUGGCACAUUUACCACCUGAGAAUGAAGUAAAUUUUGAUUUCCGGUUGUACAUUAAUAUGGCACUUGAAGAAGAUAUCAAAAAAGUGGUUGGAAUAAGUCCAGUAUUAUGGGUGUUUGCAGUUCUGUCUUUUCUUACAAACACCAAUGGAUGGUACUCGUAUCUCUGGCUGCCAUUUAUUCCUCUAAUUAUACUGCUGGUGGUGGGGGCAAAGCUUCAAAUGAUCAUAACAAAGAUGGGAGGGAGAAUUCAAGAAAGGGGAGAUGUAUUGAAGGGAGCACCAGUGGUUGAGCCUGGAGAUAAUCUUUUCUGGUUCAAUCGCCCUUCUUUAAUGCUCUUCUUCAUUCGUUUUGUUCUCUUUCAGAAUGCAUUCCAAGUUGCUUUCUUUUUCUGGAGCUGGGUUAAGUUUGGUUUAUUUUCUUGCUUCCACAGGAAUGCUGCAGACAUAGCUAUCAGGCUGUCAAUGGGGGUGAUAAUACAAAUUCUGUGCAGCUAUGUCACACUCCCUCUCUAUGCCUUAGUUACACAGAUGGGGUCAAGCAUGAAACCGGUGAUCUUCGGCGACAACGUAGCAUCGGCAAUAAAGACGUGGCACCGUGCAGCCAGGCAGCGGGCGAGGCGCGGGCAGCGAUCAGAAAACUCCACCCCGUUUACAAGCAGGCCGGCGACGCCACUGCACGGGAUGUCCCCUGUUCACUUGCUAAGCGACUUCCAACAUAACGCCGCCGAUAGCCUCCAAGCGUCUCCCCGGGGACCUGCCUCUGACGACCAAGUCUGGGCCAAUUCCGCCGCCGCCACUUCCGCUUCUCCCCGGAGAAACUUAAGCUCUAACGACGACCAACAUGAAAUUCAGAUUGUGUCCAAUGAUUUCUCUUUUGUCAACAACAAACACAACUAGAAGUAGGUUGAUAUAUAAUCAACUUCUUGCACUGUAUGUAUGUGUGUAUCUAAUAUCUAUACUGGGCGUAUGUAGGGGUGGCCCCAAAUAUGACCUACCAUUUAUUUAUAAUUAUAGGUUCAGAUUCAUACCC